AAGUUGCGGCCUCUAGUCAUCUGCUGGCAUUUGGCGCACACACAACAGAGCAAGCACUAAACAGAGGACAGCGCGGCUAGGCAGAGGACAUGAUGUCGAAUGCUGUGAUGCUGGUACUGCUUCUAGUGCCGUCUCUGAUGGCUUUUUCAAUGGUCACUUCCGGUGGAAACUACUUACGAGACCAACAUCCGAUGACAUCAGCAGGUCUUGUGGGAGGAAGCAGUAGCAGCAAUUUCCAGUACCAACCUUGGCAGGACUACGCUACAGCACCCGAAUAUGUGUCGCAAAUACAGAUGAAACGAGCGUCAAAUUUGGGAAGUCGGUUGAUGUGUCAAUUGGAUAGCAGGAACUGUGGAGCUUUCAAUUUGGGCAAAAAGUUUGUUGGAUACAAUACGUGGCUCGACUCAAACAAUCUGAAGCAAAGGAGAACACAUUUUAAUAACAAACCAGGAUUCCAAAAAGGUGGCGACUCUUACUGGUGGAUGAAAAACAAUUACUGACGUAAUUACAACUGUAAUUAAAUCAAUUAAGCGACUGCAUAAACAUCAAAAUAUAUGCUAAAUGUAAUGAAUAUUGUAAAUGUGUCAAAUCUAAUCAAUAAAAUGUAAUUGGAUGUAAAUUAAGUACUGUAGUCCAACUGAGAAAAUAAACAAAAAUAUGUUACAAACAAGAUUAAGAUGAAAUUGCAAAAAUUAAAUUAGAUGUGGUAAUAAAUCAUCUAUUAUAUUGUAUUGUACCUGGAAUAAAUCAAUGUUUUGUUAAUCAA